AAGAGAGGGGCUAUAAAAAAAGAAAACAAGAAAGAAACAGGCUGCAGCUCUGCGAACAAAGUCCGCGGCCGCGACUGACACGGCUUCAAGUCACCAUCGCUUCUCUCGGGUUUUUCUAAGACUUGAAAAGUUUAACCUGUGUGUCUUUUGACGGGGAAGGUUCAUGCUGGUGUGUUUGGCUUGCUGUGGUGACAGUUUGCAGCCCCUGUCAGUGUUGGCACACGGACGCGCACAUCUGUAAUAACAGACGCGCAGUCCCGGACAGAAGCCCGGAGGAGGACUGCGCGCGUUUCGGUGUGUCACCAUGCCUGUGCGACAGAAAGAUGCUCAGCGGGCUUUGGAGCUGCUGCAGCAGUACCGAGCCAAACUGGACCAGAGACAGCAGAACCAGAACCGGACCAAACAGGGUGCCAUAGAGGAGGACCGGCAGCUUCAGCAGUCUCUGGACAGGGUCAUCAGUGUCUUCCAGAGUCAACUCUUUACUGCUCUUCUUGAUAUCCAGGAGUACUAUGAGUUGACCCUCCUUGCAGACAGCAAGUGCUCUGAAAAACAGGCCAGGGAACCUGGUAAAGGACCAUCCUCCUCUAGCCUGUCAGCAGAAGCAGUGUCUCAGCCACAGCCGUCCACAGAUCCUGUGGGCCCCCAACCUUCAGAUGGACUACCGCACAAACCACUGGCUCCCAAACCCAGGUCAAUCAAGUACCCUGCCCCUGCACCUCCGGUCUCAUCAGGAAGUCCUGCGACAAAUGUAUCCUCCUCUACAAUACCAUCCAGUACACCUGAGGUUCAGCCAGGCAAGGUUAAAUACCGUGCUCCUCUUCCUCCUGUCCAGCUUGGAGGCUCCACAUCUCUGUCACCAAACACUUCUAAACCCUCUUCUCCUUCUGCUGCCGCUUCACCGGGUGCUGCAGUGAAUAGCAUAAAAUCACCGUCGGGCUCCAUGAAAGCAUCUCCUGGAGUAUUCCUUAAUGGAACGAAGACAAAUCUUACUCCCACAAGUCCUUCAGAGAGCUCAACAACUCCACAAACCCUCCUUGUGUCACCUGACCGCAACCUGGUGACAGUCUCAGCCCUUGUCUCCAGCACCAUCCAAGGCUUUGUCCCUCCCACCACUCCAGAGAAACUUACUCCAACCAGCUCCACUCCAAGCACAGGCCUUGCUGUCAGCAGCAGCACUGACGCUGCCACGGUCUCUGCAGCUCCUACAAUCAGUAAAGACCCAGGAUCAGAUGGACUCACUUCCAGCCCGAGUCUCAUCAGUCCCAGUCAGGGAAAAUUUUCCUUCAAUAUCCGAAGCCCCACAAGUCCCACAAGUCCCACAGGACAGCUCACUAAAGGCGCCCAGCUAAGUCCAACCAGCCCUGGGCACUCAAAAGUCACCUCCACUAGUCCCAGCUAUGGCCCAGUCGGCCUAAGGCCAUCGACAAGCCCACUGACCCCCAACAAGAAGUAUCGGUAUCAAGAAGAGGAAGGGGCGUCACCGGGCGCCCCGAAACUCCAUCAGCACCCUUGCCAUCAACACCCGAUGGGAAUAACCAGAGAGCUGAGGGAUGGAGGGUCACUGGGGAGGGAUGGAGGGACUUUGGGGAGAGAUGGAGGGACACUGGGGAGGGAUGGAGGGACCUGGAGCAGAGAUGGUGGGACACUGGGGAGGGAGGGAGGGACCUGGAGCAGAGAUGGUGGGACACUGGGGAGGGAGGGAGGGACCUGGAGACGAGAUGGAGGAGGCUCAGGGACGAUGGAGCGGUUAAGAGUACGGUCGCUGGGGCGAGAUGGAUCUCUCGGGCGACACUGUGACCUGCGUGGGGCAGAGCUGGUUCAGGUGGCGGAGCGGCAGCUGUCUCAGAUUCAACACGUUCACGGAUAUGUCACUCACACCCACAUCACGCCUGCUCAGGUAGAAUCACCUGAUGUUCCCUAUGAUGACGAGGCGUGGCCUCAUCCAGAGGGCGAGAGGUUGAACGAAGUCCCAGCCCCACCUUUCUCUUCCCUCUAUUCUCAAAGCCACUCAUAUUACCAGGCCAACCCCCCUCCAGUGGUGGUCAACGCCGACAGCGUCGACACCCCCCCAUAUGUCAAUGGAACAGAAGCAGACUAUGAGUAUGAGGAAAUCACGCUGGAGCGGGGCAACUCAGGCCUGGGUUUCAGCAUCGCUGGAGGAACUGAUAACCCCCACAUUGGAGAAGACCCAUCAAUCUUCAUCACCAAAAUCAUACCAGGAGGAGCUGCUGCUCAGAAUGGACGACUCAGGGUGAACGACUGUAUAGUGCGAGUGAAUGAGACAGACGUCAGGGAGGUGACCCACAGCGGGGCUGUGGAGGCCCUGAAGGAGGCAGGUGGUCUGGUCCGGCUGUGUAUACGACGCAGAAGGAGCCUGACAGAAAGAAUCAUGGAUAUCAAAUUAGUCAAAGGACCCAAAGGUUUAGGAUUCAGUAUAGCAGGUGGAGUUGGAAACCAACACGUCCCAGGUGACAACAGCAUCUAUGUGACUAAAAUCAUCGAAGGAGGGGCAGCACACAAAGACGGACGGCUGCAAAUAGGAGACAAACUUGUUGCUGUAAAUGGCUCCUGUUUGGAAGAGGUAACUCACGAAGAGGCCGUGGCAGCCCUGAAGUCGACCCCUGAUGUUGUGUACCUCCGUGUGGCCAAACACACCUCUCUUUUUAUCAACGACAACUUCCCUCCGCCGGAUGUCACAAAUUCAUACUCUCCACACCAGGACAAUCACAUAAGUCCUUACAUGAGUGGUGGCAGUCAGUCUGUAAGCCCCGCCCCUCUGACCACGCCCAGAUACUCCCCACUGCCCAGACCAAUGACUGGAGACGAGGAUGUCCCCAGAGAACCUAGACGGGUGGUGCUGCAAAGGGGCUCUACAGGUCUGGGAUUUAAUAUCGUCGGAGGAGAGGAUGGAGAGGGAAUCUUUAUUUCCUUCAUUCUUGCUGGUGGUCCAGCUGAUCUCUGUGGUGAACUUCGUAAGGGAGAUCGAAUCCUGUCGGUCAAUGGGGUGGACCUGUCCAGCGCAACACAUGAGCAGGCAGCCGCAGCUCUGAAGAACGCAGGACAGAACGUCACCAUAGUAGCACAGUACAGACCUGAGGAGUACAGUCGUUUCGAAGCGAAGAUCCAUGACCUGAGGGAACAGAUGAUGACCAGCAGCGUCAGUUCCAGUUCCACAUCGCUCCGCUCCACACAGAAACGCACACUUUACGUCAGGGCAUUGUUCGACUAUGAUGGAAGCGCAGCAGAUCUGAGCGCACCAAAUCAGGCCCUGCAGUUUAACUUUGGCGAUAUCCUCCACGUGAGCAGCGUUGGUGAAGAGGAGUGGUGGUCUGCCCGCCACCUCAGCCCCCCACCCCCUAACUGCCCUGAAGUCGGAGUCAUUCCCAGCCGCCGGAGGGCAGAGAAGAAGGAGAGGUCGAGACUAAAGACGGUCAGAACCUCACGGUCUCAGGACAGAUCGGAUCAGGAUGAUAAAGAGCUGGUAACCUCUGGCACCAGCGAUAGUGAGAGUAGUUCCUCUGGCCAGGAGGAAGCCUUCCUUACCUACCAGCCUGUUAUGCAACAGGAAGUUAAUUACACACGGCCAGUCAUCGUACUCGGACCAAUGAAGGAUCGGGUCAACGACGAUCUCAUCUCCGAGUUCCCCGACAAGUUUGGCUCCUGCGUCCCACACACCACACGGCCACGGCGGGACUAUGAGGUGGACGGUAGAGAUUACCACUUCAUGUCCUCCAGAGAGCUCAUGGAGCGGGAGAUACAGGAACACAAGUUCAUUGAGGCCGGACAGUACAACAAUCAUCUGUAUGGAACGAGCAUACAGUCCGUCAGAGAGGUUGCUGACAAGGGUAAACACUGCAUAUUGGAUGUAUCAGGGAAUGCGAUAAAGCGUCUCCAGAUGGCAGGCCUCCAUCCCAUCGCUAUCCUCAUCAGACCACGCAAUGUUGACAACAUUCUAGAGAUGAAUAAGCGUUUCACCGAGGAGCAGGCAAGGAAGACCUUUGACAGAGCUGUCAAACUGGAGCAGGAGUUCACAGAGUACUUCACCGGUAUCGUUCAGGGCUCAACUCUGGAAGAAGUUUACGCACAGGUGAAGCAGAUCAUCGAGGAGCAAUCUGGUCCAUACAUCUGGGUUCCCACGAAGGAGCGACUCUGAAUAAACAAUACACAUAUAGCAUAUUUACACACACAUUGCUCUCUCUACACUUGUCUAAUUUUCUGUUAUCGGCCUGCUUCCGCUCUCUCUCUCUUUCUCUUUCUCUUUCUUUCUCGUUCUCCCUCUACUUCUCUUGUACGCACACAUCUCUACACAUGUGCAUAUUUACACAAGCACACAAAGCGGGGCGAGGCUGGGACUAUCUGGGACUGCUGCUCCCUGAAGCGGGAGAAGCUCAUGUCUGUCCAGCAGCCUGUUGGUGGAUCGUCAUACAGCUCAGUUCCUUAAUGUUUAAGGAGGUGGUUUCAAAUCAAGGCGACAUGUACCAUUAUCUGAUUUAGUUCAUUAUUGUUCUUCUUAUUGUUGUUGUCGUUGUUGUUUUCAUAUUAACGAAGGGUAAUGCAUUCAUGUAUGGGUUUGUAAUGAUAAUAUUGUCACCAAGAGGCAGACUUUUGCACGCUGUAGCUUUAAGAGCAUGUUUUUGGGACAAAAUCUUGAUCUCCUGAUUCCCUGUCUGUCUCUGCUCACGGCAUCAUGCACAUUUAGAGUUUGUCUUUCUUGUCUUUCUCCACAGUUUUCUCAUCUCCUUCAUCAACUCAUUCCCUCAUUUCCUCCUUUUCUCUUUCAGCUGAUUUUAGAUGUGAGGUGAAAGUAACGUAUGGUCCCCAGCUUUUUGGCAUGAAGGCAAAAUCAAACUUUACUGGUUAGACAUCUAGCAAGAACAAAAAUAAUUAUUGAUUUAGAUUUUUUUUUUUUUUUUUGUGAUUGAGGCAUUGCUAAAUGGUUGAAAAGUAUAAACGGAAAAAAAUAAUUAGAUUAUAUUUAGCUAAGUAAAGUAAAAUGUAUUCCAUCACUGUUUUGUUACUGAAUGAUUAAAAAAUGAGUAUACAGCCUCUUAAUGGUGGUGGUGGAGUAUCCAAGGCUCUGGGCCUUUAUUUAUCAAACCUCUGAGAAUCAUGUUAAAAAAAUCUACUCUUAUGAGUUGAGACCAAAACUCAUAGAUCUUCCCCAGUUUUAGGCAAGUGAUGUGAGCAAAACCUUUAAUACUCUUUCAAAACAAUCUUUAUAAUUUCACAUGUGGCUCCCAAGUAGAAACAACCAAUCUGAGAGUAGAAUCUGGGCUCAUCCUCACCUGCUCCAUUGGGUGUCUGUCAGAAGCCUUAUAUCCCUUAAACUGAAAUAAUCCAAGUAUCUGUAUACAGCAAGAAAACUGGAUGGAAUAAAAGAAAAUUAGGCUCAAGCUACAAUGAUGAACAAUUAGUAUUCAUAAAAGGAAAGUUGGGUAAUGACCGGAAUCUAAUGAAGUAUUCAUGCGGCAGAGUUGUAUGGGACGGGAUCACAAAUGCAGUCAGAACACACUUUUCUUCUUGUCAUGUGCAUUUCUACCUUUAAGUAGAUAGAUGAGUGCUGAGGUCAAGAAUGGGACUGUAAACUGAAUCAUCUCGAGAAUCCUGUUUUCACGUGUAACAUUCAAGAUGCAGGUGUUCCUCUAAGAUACUCAAAUCAUCUGAGAUUCAUUUUCCAAGUAGCUUUAAUUCGUGAGCAUAAUGAAAAGUGAGAGAUUUUGGCUUCUGUCUUUCACAUAGGUUCUAAAUUUUACUCAAUCGUGAAAUUUUCCAAUAAGUACUUUUGAUUGUUGUCUCCGAGUUUUCGUUCCCAUAAGGGAUUUUUUUUUCUUGCCUUUCUAUCCACUGCCUCUCCCUCCUCUCUAUCUCGUAGCUUCAUUGCUCUCCUCCUCCUCUUCCUUCCACAUCACUGAGACAUAGUUAAGCGCUCCACAUUUAACAGUGUAUCAUCAUCUUCAUCAUCGCUAUCAUGAUCAUAAUCAUCAGCAUCAUCAUUACAGCUUUCCUUCUUACUGUAGUUGCACUAAUGAGGGCUGGUUUCUUAAAAGCAUCUUUGUGCGACAGGGCUGAUACCGUUCCAGUGUUUUAAAACUUUUUUUUUUUUUUUUUUGGGUGGGUCUUUUCUUUCGGUGCAUGGUGAUAUGAUGCACUCACUUUUAUUGCAGUGAUCAAUAUGCUGGUUUAAAGGAACAACGUUCUUGGACAAUAUUACUGUAUGCCACUGCUCAUUUUGAAGUGAAACCUGCUAGCAACAUGAACUAAUCCGCUGCAUUAGCAUUUUUGCCAACAUGUUUUUGUUUUUGUUUUGUUUUUUUCUUCCAUGCUGAGCUUUCUGUUUGAGAGUUCGGUUUCAGCUCAUGUAAAUGACUACUAUAACGGUCCCCAUGUAUGGCCUCAGCACUCGGUAUGUUUAUGCAUGUAACACCUAUGCUUAUUUCCUUUGUUGAUAUUAUCCAGAUAUGGGUUGCAUUUUCAAUAUGAUCACACAAAUGUCUACUCUCUUUGCUGAAAGGUGCAGUGAGACUACUGAAACAGGGCUCUAGUCCAACAUUUGUUCAGACUAAACAAUAUGAUCAUUGGUAUUCAUGGGCCAGCAGGUUUUGGCCACAAACAUUUGAUGCUGUCAAUUUCCAAAAUGGAAGGGUGUUUUUUUUUUUUUUUUUGGUUCAUUUAACAUCACCUUACACCAUCCCAUUGAUGAAACAGUGGGUCAGAGUUUUCCCUGAAUAACAAGAACUGACAGGGCCAUCAGUUAAUGUCAACAUGACUUUGUUUACAUCAUCUAAAUCACCUUCAAUUCAAAUCAUGUUGUGUAUGUCGACUCUCGAUCAGCUUUGCCAGAACUUCAUCAUUCAGGGUUGAAAGUAGACAUCUGUGAGGACCAUCUGCUGAGUAAAAGUGGAAAUCUAAUGCUUGAUAUUUGUGCAAAAAAAACUCAGUGUGACCAGUUGACACAAGAACUCGGAUGAGUGCUGAGGUCAAGAAUUGGACUGUAAACUGAAUCAUCACGAGAAUCCCGUUUUUACGUGUAACAUUCAAGAUGCUUUUGGUAACACAGCCCCUUGUAUGGACCUUGUCAGCCACUGACUACCCAUCUUCACCCUCAGCCCCCCUGAGGCUACUUCUCCAAGCUGACUGGAGACCAGAGACAUACAGAAAGACUGUUCUGUCAUGAGAGUAGCGCUUAGAUCCAAAUGAUGCACCGUUUUUACCACAUGUGUGAUUAAAGCUUUAAUGUUUCCUCGCAGAAUGUCCAGCUUAACUAAACUUCUCUCCAUCUGUUAUCCUCACUGAUUGAAGUAGAUGAGUGGUGUUUAUCAGAUGACAGAAUCUGACUCUCUAUAUGACUCUGGCUGUGUUUUUGUGCCGGGGGACCAUGCCACUGUCUGUUAGAGUAAAGCACCGAUGCAAAGAAUCUAUUACAGAUAUGGAUCUAUAUCUAACAUAUUAACAUAUUAUAAUAUUUAUCCCUGCUCUAACUGCCUAUUUUGGUACAAAAUAAAUAAAAGUCUUUAAUGAAGUCUUUA